AUUAUUGAGUGGAUAAGAAUACUAAGAGCAAAUUGAAGGGUGAUUUGUCCUCUCAUCUAUCAUAUAUACUAUACAUAUAGAGAGAGCCAGAGUUGAGAAACUUGGUAGCUGUGGAAGAAAGAAGAUGGAGGCAAGCUUGUCUUUGAAUGCACUGGUUCAAGUACCCAGCUCAAAAUCAAGAAGAUGUCAAGAAGAUGGAGGGGGGUUGAUAAGACACUCUUUGGUAUCAACUAGUAGAAGAGGGGUGGCGGGGAAAGAGAGAGUGGGAGGUGGAAUGAUGGUUGUGGAAGCGAAGGGGAAGAGGUCAGGAGGUAUGCAAGCUCGUCAGUUUCAGAGACCUCCUCUUCCUGCUAUGCCCAAGAUGGAGGAAGAUGGUAAUCCUCGUUUUGUGAUUUUCAUUAGGAUGGCUAAUGUGUAUCUAUGGUACCCCCUAAGUAUUGUGGCGGGUGGAACAACAGCAAAAAUUAUGGUUGCCGCUAAAGAUAAUUUUCUGGGGAAAUAUAUAUACAAGGACACCCUUGCUAGGAAUCUUGCAGCUGUUAUCUACAAGGAUGAGAAAGAGAUACAGAAGACAGCAAUUAAACAGCAUCGCGUGUUGCGGUCAUGUAUAGAGUUCAGAUAUGGCUACAAGAUUGUUGAGAAUGGUAAUAUGAGAGCUGCAAUCUCUACAAAUGAUGUCAUUGAGCUCCCAAAACAAGACGAGCUUAAAACAGUGGUUGAUAAAGUAAAGGACUUCUUCGGGGAUGCCAAAGAAUCCUUUGGGAAGCUUACAUCCUUAGACACGCCACCACCUACAGAAACAGAAGAUAAAUCCAAGGUGAAGAGCUAAAGCAGAAGUGAUGCCAGUUGCUAGAUUUUUGUGUCACCAUUGUUGUAUCUGCUCCGAUUAAGAUCUUCAUGUGAUAUAAUCUCACUUGCCAACUCCUCAAAUUGUCGACGUUUUGUACAAACAUAUAUUUCCACGGAAACAGUCGUUUUAUACAGAUUUUCCUCACUUAGUCAUGUAAUUUAUGAUUUCUUAUGGCUAGAACCUGCAAUUGUUGCUCCUAAACAGAAUUUCAUUCUUAAUUUAAGUGGUGUAGAGUUGCGCUUGCAAAA